CACUUGGGUCUGUGAGAUAUCCAGCUCGCUUUUACGUUUUAACCCUUUCCUCCCCGUCUCCUGGCGCAUCUCUCCUUCGGUCAUCUCCUCGGUUUCUCCCUUGGCCAGCGUGCGGUCUCUUUAAAUCCAGAUUUUGCUGGCAGUUCUGUGCGUCCUCACGACUCGUCUGGCUCUCGCUCUGAUUGCGCGCACACACUCUCCCGAUAAACAGCUGCUUACUAUUUCAGCCACUUCUAAACUUUGCUCUCAACUUCCCCCGGAGGAAUUUUAGCCAGCUUUUCCAUCAAUACGAGGAUAUAUUCACGGGGAGCGCGGACAACGUAGAUUUUUGGAGUUUUGCGUAAUUCUUUCUGUGCCUGUUCAACAUCUGGAUUUGGAGUCAGGAGUUAACGGGCCGACACAAAACUCUCGGGUGUCUACGGUAUCUCGAUGGGACGAGCGCUUUCUUUCCGGAUUGGGAUUUAACCGUGUUGGAUCAGCGGAGGGUCGCGCGUAGAUUAUGUAUUCUAUAAAAUGGGUGCGAACAAUGGAAAACUGUACGGAAGCGAGGGUAAAUGCAGUUCGAGCAUAUCUUCUGACAUAAGCUCCAGCACUGAUCACACACCGACCAAAGCUCCCAAGAAUGUGGCCAGCACCGAAGGUCUUGACUCCAGCACACGCACCCUUAGCACCCCCAGCCCUGGUCUGAUCCUCCCUUCCAAGUCCUCCUCCCUCUCCUCUCCGGCUCUGUCCAGUAACGGCCAUGAGACAAACUCCUCCUCUUCGUCAUCCGCUGUUGCUGAGACCGUUGCUGUGGUACACCCUCACCCAGGCACCCGCUCCAGACCCUCCAAAUCACACCACCUCCAUGCGCCCAUAGACCUGCUGCCCGACCACACCCUCCUCCAGAUCUUCUCCCACCUGCCCACCAACCAGCUUUGUCGAUGUGCCCGCGUGUGCCGCCGCUGGUACAACCUGGCCUGGGACCCUCGCCUCUGGGGUACGGUUCGUCUGACUGGAGAGUUGCUUCACGUGGACAGGGCCAUCCGGGUUCUUACUCACCGGCUUUGUCAGGACACCCCCAAGUGUCUGACCCUGGAGACGGUCAUCGUGAACGGCUGUAAGAGGCUAACCGACCGCGGGCUACAUGUGCUCGCACAGUGCUGCCCCGAGCUGCGCCGCCUGGAGGUGGGAGGCUGUUACAACAUCUCCAACGAGGCCGUGUUUGAGGUGGUCUCCAGAUGCCCCAACCUAGAGCACUUAAACCUGUCAGGCUGCUCCAAAGUGACAUGCAUCAGUCUCACCCCGGAGGCCACCAUGCAGCUGUCUCCCCUCCACGGCCAGCAGAUCUCCAUCCACUUUCUGGACAUGACCGACUGCUUCUCCCUGGAGGACGAGGGCCUCCGCACCAUCGCCUCCCACUGCCCGCGCCUCACCCACCUCUACCUGCGGCGCUGUACCCGCUUGACCGACGAAGCCCUGCGCCACCUGUCCCUCCACUGCCCAUCCAUCCGCGAGCUCAGCCUCAGCGACUGCCGUUUGGUCGGGGACUUUGGUCUCCGAGAAGUCGCCCGUCUUGAAGGAUGCUUGCGGUACCUUAGCGUCGCCCACUGCACUCGAAUCACAGACGUCGGGAUCCGCUACGUCGCCCGCUACUGCCCCAGACUGCGCUACCUGAACGCUAGGGGUUGCGAAGGGCUGACGGAUCACGGUUUGGGGCACCUUGCAAGGAGCUGCUCGAAGUUGAAGUCUUUGGAUGUAGGGAAGUGUCCGUUGGUUUCGGACAGCGGGUUGGAGCAGCUAGCGAUGUACUGCCAAGGACUGAGGCGCGUAAGCUUGAGGGCGUGCGAGAGCGUUUCCGGGAGAGGACUCAAAGCCUUAGCAGCGAACUGUUGUGAGCUGCAGCUUCUGAACGUGCAGGAGUGCGAGGUGUCUCCGGAGGCGCUGAAGUUCGUGAGACGCCAUUGUCGCCGGUGCGUCAUCGAGCACACCAACCCGGCGUUUUACUAAAGGGAGACUGAAAUGGAGAAGACUUUGGCGAGGACAAGUGGAUGUUGUGUUAUUCCUGCUACAACUUUGGACGAACUGAGGGGUAUUCCAUAAAAUGUUUGUAAGAAAGUCAGAUUUGUAUUGUCAAUAGAUAAAUCUUUUUAAAUGUAUCAGUAAUCAUAAUUUUGGAGAUUUACAUGUCUGCAUUGCAAACAAUAUCUACAUACACACGGCAGAACAGUUUUUAAAGGUAGUCAUCUGGACACUUGCGGGAAUAAAUAAUUUUCAGUCAGAAGUUUUUGGUCUGAAAAGCUAACUUCAGAUCGAAAAUGACUGCCAGGUGAGAAGUGCAACAUCUCAUUUUCAGAAACCAGGUCAGAUUACUCCCUUUGAAAUCCUUUUCUACCAUGAACCACUCCAGGAUGAAGGAAGGAUUACACCGACUUGCAUUCAGAAAAUACUUUUAACUUUGACUAGCUUUAAAUUUGUAGCAAAUUUUUUGUCAGUGUAGUAGGAAAGUAUUAGCCUGAUUCAUCAGCCAGUUUCAGUUCCUGAAAACCGUCUGACCUCGCAGAAUUAGUAUUCGUUUCCUCGACAGUAGGCGGGUACUUUUUUUUAACCAGUCGCUGCUAUUUGGUCAUGACGUGAUGUAAUGCGUUGCUAACGGGGCAAACUGGUAUAUUAUGGCUUUUCCCAUAUCCUGUAGGAAGAAGAAGGGCAAUAAUGUCAUUCCCCUUGAUAAAAUUAACCUUUGUUCCGGUUUUAAAUCCUUGAUCUCAGGAAUCGUUGCCAACACAGAAUGUAUGGCUCUCCGCUGAUUGGCUGGUGGCCAAACUCGCACUUCUGGGCUUUUUGCAAACCAUCUAGUGUAUUCCGAUUCCUGACCUAGUCGCUGGAGAGAAAUUAAAUUGAGCGGAGGCACUAGGUGGCGCUAGCUUGGCUAAGAAAGAGUGUCAUCUUGGUUGAAAUAAGUAAAAUGCCAGUGGUUUAGAUAUGUCAAUAUAAUCCCUUCCUUUCAUUUGUCCAGGAGGGGUCCAAAGUAGUAAAUGUUUCAAAGACUGAAACAUCUCAACUUCGCAACUUUUGUCCAGAUGUUUAGCUUUGAAAAAUUGCUAUAAUUACUUGGAAAUUAGGCCUUAACUGCUCAAAUACUCAAGGAAUUCAGAGCAUUUUUAUAUUUAAUUUGAGUGAGCUACAAACACUGAGCCCAAGGCCUGUUUCAGUGAUGGCCAAACAAGUUAUUUAUAGUUUGUUUGCACCAAGAACAGCAAAGACAUUCUGGUGAGAACAAAUUAUUAUUGAGAUGGUGAAUUGAAAGACAUGCAAAACAAAGAUUUAUGGAAUACCCCUCUAAUGUCAGAAAACACAUAUGGUUGUUGAUACUUUUUCCACAAACCUUCCGUAGAAUGUAUUUAACAUAUUUAUCUGUAAAAAGUCCAUUCAUUUCUUCAUAUUGUCCACUUCACAUUAGUUAUUAUUGUUACAUUGAGCACUGGGUACCGCUGUGUUACCAUUUAAAUCAUUGUAAUAUAUUUUAUCAACUGUCUUCAUCACUAUAAUAACAUAAUCAUAUUUUAUACAGCUAUUUAUAAAUGUAGCGACAAAGCAGCAGUAACUAGACCAGCAAUGUACAGUGUUACCAUAUGCACUUUAUGUAAUUGUGCCGACAAUCACUUCAACGGAGCUCCAAGCGGACGACUGUAGCCCCAUUCACACAUGCAGCCUGACCCGGGAAUUUACCUGCAUUUUGCCAAAACGGUGUCAUGUGUGAACAAAGCCAGAACUGAUUUACCUUCAUUUUUGAACCGGCAGUUGCUGGGUAAAUCACCAGGAAUUGUGUAACCAGGUGGUAGGUUACAGCCAGGUGUCCGCUGCGAUUUUGCCGUCUUCCAUAAAUAGAUUUGAGUUUUGGAAAAAUCUUCAGUUGUGGCUCAAAACUGUGGAUCAUAUGUGUCGGAGUGAGAUAAUGACAGAGAUCAAACUUUGAACUUAGUACGACCACAGACGACUUACCGCUGAUAUCAAGCAUGUAUUGUAUUUUCUGCACUAAUGGGCCUCUGGAUUAUAAGGCGCACUGUCAUUGAAUGGUCUAUUUUGGAACUUUUUUCACAAACUGCACCAGAUUUUAAACGAAACACAACAGUUAGAUGGGUCAGUGGGACUUGUUUAGUGCGUUCAGGGUAACUCUUGGCUUUGUUCAAUUGUGGUGCGUAGGGAGGGUGCUGUCUGGGACCGCUGGAUUGUCGGCGUGUUCUCAGUGACUCAGUUGUUCAGUUGUGGCUCGAAGUGGCACAUCGCACUCUAUUCCAUUCCUCGUCUGCGUGGAGUGAUGAGUGUGGCUGCGGGUGUUUUUCACUGCGUGGUCGCUGUCUGCUCCGUGUGUGUUUGUGUGCGCUGCAGGUGGUGCUGCUUUGUAGUUUACUGAAGUCGUGCUGGGACACUCAAGUGCAUUUGUGUAUAGGGUGCUGUGGAUUGCGGGGCACGCUGUCGUUUUUUGAUGGGGUUGGAGGCUUAUGAGUGCGCCCUAUGGUGCGGAAAAUACGGUAUAUAUAUAUUUUUGAGUCUUGGUUGCAGAGUGAGCCCUUGUCUUGCUGCGUCUGUGGUCAACAAUUGCUUCAGUAAUUGCUUCAAAGUAACAGCAGCAUAGCUCUCUUGUGAUUGGGGCCAUCUCUCCUCAUCUUUUUCCAUUACGUUUAGCCUACUAACCUUUACAAAUACAGAAACACUGCUAACAUGUACUAGUCUCAGCUUACCGGUACAAUUACAAGCACAUUACCGCACAGAGCUUGGAGCCUGAUUUCCGCUCCAACAAACUUUAGUCGUAGCCACAACUCGCUGCCGCACAUUUUAAACUCUUCACGUCGCGUAUACUGACAUCCAACAAAAAAAAAAACAAAAACAAUUCAAUUCAGUGGACAUGAGGCUUAAGUGUAACAGAGGAGAGCUGGCAAUGUCCUGGGACUGGUGCAUGUGUGAAUGGGGUCUUUGCUGAGUGUUCUGGCAUUUUGUACCUGCCAAUUUUCUGGGAACUAUGUGUGAAAGGGGCUUUUGUAACUUGUAUUUGCCAAGUAGAAACAAGCAGGUAUGCAGUGUAGUAAACAGGAACACAUUGCAGCUAAUACAGUGCCAAUAAAUGUCUUCAAAG